AUGAGUGGGACCUGUAUCCAUGAGCCCCGUGCCCCCUCCCCCUCCCUCUCAGGCUUUAGCACCCCCAUCUCAGAACCCCCCUAUCGAAGGCUCGAUGGAGACACCCCCGCCUGCACCCCCGAAACUGACCUGACCCCGACACAGUGUGUCCUUCGCAACGUGCUGUCCAUUGACACAGGUGGACAAGGAGGGUCUGGCGGAUGCCCCCACACCUGCGGUAGCAGUCCCACGCCCAGCGAUGGAACCUCAGCCCACUUUGACAACAGCGUGCUAAAACUCCACGAACAUGAGGCCUGUCAAUGUGGGGGUGGGGCAGAAGCGGGGCUCAGCUCGGAAGCUGGUGCCGUCCGGAGCCAGGCGGAAAACAUCCGGCUGCAGUCAGGAAGUGGGGGUUUCUUGGAGGGACUUUUUGGUUGCCUGAAACCAGUCUGGACCAUGAUUGGAAAGGCCUACUCGACCGAACACAAGCAUACCCCAGAAGAGUCCUGGGAGGUGCCGUUUGAGGAAAUCUCGGAUCUGCAGUGGGUCGGCAGCGGGGCGCAGGGGGCCGUCUUCCUCGGCAAGUUUCACGGAGAGGACGUGGCCGUGAAGAAAGUGCGGGACAUCAAAGAGACCGAGAUCAAACACCUCCGCAAACUCAAGCACCCCAACAUCAUCACGUUCAAGGGUGUGUGCACCCAGGCACCAUGUUACUGUAUCCUGAUGGAGUACUGUGCCCAAGGCCAGCUUUACGAGGUGCUGCGUGCUGGCCGUAAGAUCACCCCCUCCCUGCUGGUGGACUGGUCCAUGGGCAUUGCUGGUGGCAUGAACUACCUCCACCUCCACAAAAUCAUCCACCGAGACCUCAAGUCACCCAACAUGCUGAUUACACAUGAUGACCUGGUAAAGAUCUCCGAUUUUGGCACCUCCAAGGAGCUCAGUGACAAAAGCACCAAGAUGUCUUUCGCUGGUACCGUAGCCUGGAUGGCUCCCGAAGUCAUCCGGAAUGAGCCCGUAUCUGAAAAAGUGGACAUUUGGUCAUUUGGCGUGGUACUAUGGGAGAUGUUAACUGGAGAGAUUCCGUAUAAAGAUGUGGACUCCUCUGCUAUCAUCUGGGGCGUGGGCAACAACAGUCUCCAGCUGCCCAUACCAGAGAGCUGCCCUGAUGGCUUCAAGAUCCUCCUCAGACAGUGCUGGAACUGUAAGCCCAGGAAUAGGCCCUCUUUCCGUCAGAUCCUCCUUCACUUGGAUAUAGCAUCCGCUGACGUGCUCUCCACUCCACAGGAGACGUAUUUCAAAUCUCAGGCUGAAUGGCGCGAGGAGGUGAAACAGCACUUCGAGAAGAUUAAAUCCGAGGGCACCUGUCUCCACCGACUGGAUGAGGAACUGAUCAACCGACGCCGAGAGGAGCUCAGGCAUGCUCUGGACAUCCGCGAGCACUAUGAGAGGAAGCUGGAGAGAGCUAACAACCUUUAUAUGGAGCUCAAUGCUGUCAUGCUGCAGCUGGAGCUCAAAGAGAGAGAACUGCAGCGGAGGGAGCAGUCUUUGGAUAAGAAGUACCCGGGCCUGUUUAAGCACCAUAGCUCCAGACAGAGCAGCUCCAGCAACUCUAUGGACAAACUCAUCAAGAAGAGGAAUGUCCCACAGAAACUGCCUUCUGGAAAGAGGCCGGACAUCCUCAAGUCUGAGGUAAUCAUUCCCAAAAUGGACUCGUCUGUAAUGCAGGUCACUAUCCCAGCCUGCCCCAACAGAAGCUCCACAUCCCCCAGUCGUUCUCGUCGGAUAAAGACGCGCCAUCGCAAGCCCGGCAAGGGCAGUAGUGGCGACCUGGCCGGGCUGAAGUCGACUCAGUCCUCCCCAAACGGGGACGCAUCCGUCCAGGCUAACAACUCCUCGGCAGUGGACUCCUCAAAGCAGCUCCUGGAGCCCAGUGCGGCCCUGCGAGGCCUCACCCAUGAACAACAGCAGCGGCAGCUCUCAUCCUCCAGCCCUGACCUCAUCUGCACCACGCUGGAGGCCAACAGCCAAGGGAAAGGGGAUCCCUCUGUGGGUGGGAGGGAGAGAGGGGGGAGCCUGAGUGCCUCCGCUGGAUUAGGGGAGUCUGAGGUGGGGGCGACCGGUCUGGAUGACCUCACGGAGACCCCACCGCGCAGCGACACUCCCAGCGAGGACGCUGCAUCAUUCCCCUUCUCUAGUAGCCCAGAUUCACCAUGUGGGAGGGGGGUGGCUGCGGGGAGGGGGUCCCUGGGGUCGCCGCGCCUGCCAAAUGAUGGGGACGAUAAGGAAGAAGGGGCCGGAGCUGUGAGGUUGCCCCGGGGGGCGUCAGGGGGCAUUGGGAGUCAGCACCUCACCCCAUCAGCCAUUCUUUAUCGAGCAGCUAUUACACGUAAACAGAGGCGCGGCGUGUCAUCAGAAGAGGAGGAGGGUGAAGUUGACAGUGAGGUUGAGUUGCCACGGAGACGACGACCGACCAGCAUCACUAAAUGCCAGUCGGUCUCCACCUUCAGCUCGGAGAACCUCUCGGUGUCAGACGGUGAGGAGGGCCACACCACCGACCACUCCCACAGCGGCACACCUGACGUCGUCAGCACCAACACGGACGACAGGCUGGACGACCGCAGCGACGACCUCCUGUCUCAGGGGUCAGAGAUACCCGCAGACAAUACGGACCCAGCGCAAGCUUCUGAUGGCCUGUCAGAGAGAGAGGGGGCUCUGGGCCGGUCCAAAGCCCCGAUGGAGGCCGGACAGAAUCCUAAUGAGAGUCGGGCACUCUGCGAUGACUCGGACUGCGACAGUGCCGAGCUGGACCAGUCGGGCAGCGGAGAGCCCAGUCGCCCACCCAGCGCCGGUGCUUGGGUACCAUCGUCUCAACCAGUACCCCAACAGGGGUCUCAGCAAGCACCCCACACAGCUCCACCGUAG